AUGUCCGACCCUCGCGACCCUUCGUCCUACUCCAUCGUCCCUCGCAUCAGCUACAACACUGUUGGUGGUGUCAACGGACCCCUCGUCAUUCUUGAGAAUGUCAAGGCGCCCAAGUACAACGAAAUUGUCUCCCUGACCUUGCCUGAUGGCACCGAACGAUCAGGUCAAGUCCUCGAGGCUCGAGGCGACCGCGCCGUCGUGCAGGUCUUUGAGGGAACUUCUGGCAUUGACGUCAAGAAGACGAGAGUCAAGUUCACAGGCCAAAGCUUGAAGCUUGGUGUCUCUGAGGACAUGCUGGGACGUAUCUUCGAUGGUUCCGGAAGGGCUAUCGACAAGGGCCCCAAGGUCCUCGCCGAGGAGUACCUCGACAUCAACGGAAGUCCCAUCAACCCCUUCUCCAGAGAAUACCCCGAGGAAAUGAUCUCGACAGGUAUCUCAACCAUCGACACCAUGAACUCCAUUGCUCGUGGUCAGAAGAUUCCCAUCUUCUCCGCUUCUGGUCUUCCCCACAACGAAAUUGCCGCCCAGAUCUGUAGACAGGCUUCGCUCGUGAAGCAGAAGGGUGCAACCAACAAGGGUGUCCACGAUGACCACGAGGACAACUUCUCCAUUGUCUUCGCUGCCAUGGGUGUCAACUUGGAGACUGCCAGAUUCUUCACCCGCGACUUCGAGGAGAACGGCAGUCUGGAGCGCACUACCCUCUUCCUCAACUUGGCCAACGACCCUACUAUCGAGCGUAUCAUCACUCCUCGUCUCGCUCUUACCACCGCCGAGUACUACGCCUACCAGCUCGAGAAGCACGUCCUGGUCAUCCUUACGGAUCUGUCUGCGUACUGCGACGCUCUUCGAGAAGUGUCUGCAGCCCGCGAAGAAGUUCCUGGUCGUCGCGGUUAUCCCGGUUACAUGUACACGGAUUUGUCGACCAUCUACGAACGUGCCGGUCGUGUCGCUGGCCGCAACGGCUCCAUCACCCAGAUUCCUAUUUUGACAAUGCCCAACGAUGACAUCACUCACCCUAUCCCUGAUUUGACUGGUUACAUCACGGAGGGACAGAUCUUCGUCGACCGUCAGCUCGAUAACCGUGGUAUCUACCCGCCCAUCAACGUCCUGCCAUCCCUCUCGCGUCUCAUGAAGUCUGCCAUCGGUGAGGGUAUGACGCGAAAGGACCACGGUGACGUUUCCAACCAGCUCUAUGCCAAGUACGCCAUUGGUCGUGAUGCCGCCGCCAUGAAGGCUGUCGUUGGUGAGGAAGCCCUGUCGGCAGAGGAUAAGCUCUCUCUCGAGUUCCUUGAGAAGUUUGAGAGACAGUUCGUCGCUCAGGGCCAGUACGAGGCCCGUGACAUUCACGAGUCUCUUGACCUUGCGUGGAGCCUGCUCCGCAUCUACCCCAAGGAGUUGCUCAACCGUAUCCCUGCCAAGGUCAUUGCGGAGUUCUACUCGCGCUCCGACCGGAAGAAGGAGGAGAAGAAGGAGGAGAAGAAGGACAAGAACGUGAAGGACACUGCCGAGGAGAACCUGGUCGAUGUUUGA